CUCGAAUCAAAUCGCGAAUUUGACCGGUGGAAGGAUGGGCACAGGUAUCGUCGGAGUCGAUGACGCCAACCAUGUGAUGGCCACCCCCAGGCGUUCCGACGGCUCCCAUUAUUGCCGCGGCUGUGUGUAUUGUGGCGUCAUGCGUCUACUUCCUCCAAUCCCGCCGUCACAAACGCCCCAGUGCUGUGGACCUUUCUACGUUCCAACUCGAGGACAUUACGAAAGCGAUGGAUAGCGAGAUGUGCGUGGUGGGCACGUUCCCUGGAAACCCCGACAAGGUUCUUCUGGUCUUGCAGAAGCAGAAGUUUGGUCGCGGGGAUGCGCUUCGACUGAUUCGUAGCAUGACGCUGCGACGGAUGCAUGAAAACGACGUGUACUCGAACCACAUCGGUGUGCUCUCUGGGGACAACGAUGCGUUGCGGGUGACGAUGAUUUACCCUGCAACUGCCGCCCACAUUGCCAAGCACUCGGAGCAAUCGUUUUACAUGGCUGAAGAGACCGCCGCCAUCUACAACAACAUUACCCUGCCAUACAUCGAAAGCAUCCCGUCUGCGAAGAUUCAAUGGGUGUACAACAUCUUGGAUGGGACGAGUGAAGCCGAGAAGAUCAUCUUGGACGACUCGGACCCAACGCAUGGUUUCGUGCUCCUACCAGAUACAAAGUGGAGCGCCCCGUAUCACGUCGAGAGUUUGUACUGCCUGGCCAUUGUCCGCGACCGGUCGAUUCGAUCGGUCCGCGAUUUGCGCGCGCCGCACGUGCCGAUGCUGGAAAGUCUGCGGGCGAAAGGGCUGGCGGUGAUCCGUGAAAAAUACGGCGUCGCGGCGUCCAGCGUUCGGUGCUUUGUGCAUUACCAGCCAUCGUACUACCAUUUCCACGUGCAUUUUACCCACGUCAAGGUGGCAUGUGGCAUUUCCGUCGGCAAGGCCAUCUUGAUCCAAGACAUUCUCCACAAUUUGUCCAUGCACAGCGACUACUACGUCCAUGCACAGCGACUACUACGUCCAUGCGACGCUGUCGUAUCUCGUCGGGUCGGCGCAGCACGGCGCGCUCUUCCAAGCGCUCGUCCAGCGCAACGUACUUGCGUUGUAAGCGGGCGAUUUCUCGACGCGGUUGCUUAAUGGAAUACAAAGUACGACUGGUCCAAGUCGGCGUUGUUCUCGAACGCCGUCUUCCCGAACAAGCUCUCCCAGAUGCGCCUCGGGUGGCUGGUCGGCGGCGACGUCGCCUUGGUUUUGUUGGCGGGCUUUGUACCAGGGCUGCCAUGACGCACCAUCACCGGCACCAACGUCGUCAUGGGCGGCAUCGUAUUCCACUCGUCGCAGCGCCGACACGACGACGCUGUCGUACGGGAUGCAGGCGGAACGCCCCGCGAUCGUUGAAACGAACGAACCAUCUCGCGAGCGGCCGACGACGAUGGUGCAUCGGAUGCACCGGACGUGCUGCCGUCGUUCGAUGGAGUCGCGUGGUCGUCACUGCCGUCGACGAGCAAUAUGAUCUGGGAGAGGGGUGUGUUGGCUUGGUCCGUCGCGGCAAGUUCGGACAGCAUCGUCUCCAGCGAUGUCCCUGGCGCAAUGGAGUGCGACGUCGCGGACACGACGAUGCUUGGAGGGAUUUCGCGGAGAUGCUUGGCAACAAACCCCAUCAUUGCAUCAAAGUCGGCUCGCCGUAGGGUCACGAGAUCGUCGUCAUGCACGUGUUCGGAAGACACGUCCGUCACUUCGGCAAAGUAGUCGCGGGCUUCACUGCUCAGGUAGUUGUUGUCGAGAACAUUCACUGUGACGUCUCCGCGGCUUGUGUACAGGAUGGACGAGGCUUGUGGGGACAAUUGCGUUGGAGGGGGCUCAGACAACGACUGGUGCGAUGGGUCUUCUUGGAAGCGGACGUGCGUGUCGCUACAUAGUUGAAUCCUUUCGGAAGACACGAUGGACACAGGACCAUUCAUACUCGCAGCGCCGGUGUCAAGUAUGUCGUCGUGUAGUCGACGACGGUACCAUCCAUACAGUGCAUACAAUGACGGGAUCACCAGGGCCACCGCGGUGACCCCCAUGCCGUCCACUUUCAUGCUACCUGGCGCUUCUCCGCUCUGGGGAGGCGACGAAUUUGCGUGGUUCGGGCAUCGCGAUCGGCCAUGCUUGCGCCACGCUUCUGCAAUCG